AUGUGCGAAGACAUUCCAUGCAAUAGUUGUGUUCGUUCAAAACCAGACGAUAACCAGGAUCAACUAGAUAAAGAACGCUAUGCCAGGGAAAGCCACUGUGAAAUUGAACGGCGUCGACGAAAUAAGAUGACCGCCUACAUAAAUGAGUUAUGUGAAAUGGUGCCUACGUGUAAUUCGCUUUCAAGAAAACCUGAUAAGCUGACUAUUCUUCGAAUGGCUGUUAGUCAUCUUAAGGGUCUUCGUGGCACUAGCAAUACCGUUGCCGAUGGUUCCAUUAAGCCAACGUUUCUAUCCGACCAAGAACUUAAACACCUAAUUCUCGAGGUAACACAGAUAUCCCUUUUUGAGAUUAAUAUUUAUACUGUCGAUGUUAUGGUCGUUCUCUUUUACCUCCAGGCUGCUGAUGGAUUUCUCUUUGUAUGCCAGUGUGAUACUGGAAAGAUACUCUUCGUUUCUGAUAGCGUCUCUGCUGUUCUCAAUGAAAGCCAGUCUGACUGGUAUCAGCAUAACCUGUAUGAAUUAUGUCAUCCUGAUGAUGCGGAAAAGAUUCGAGAACAACUUGUAGGAACAUCCAGUGUCGUAUCUGGUGCUGCGAUCAACGUUGGGUGCUCGCAUGAUCAGCUCCCUAAUGGAAUAAGUUACCUAAGUGGUUCCACUUCUGGGACAGCCGGCUCAACUGUUUCUCGUGUGUUAGACCUCAAAACAGGGACUGUAAAAAAGGAUGGACCACUAUCUCGCGGUGGGUCGACAGGUCUUCGCCGGGGUUUUAUCUGCCGUAUGAAGUUGGGUACAUCACCAUCAGCCACUCAAAUGUCUUCGACCUCCUCUUCAGCCGCCGCUCGCCAGGCACGUCUCCGGCACCAGCAGUUUGUGCUCUCAGCGUCUAGUUCCAUCAAGGGUGACUGCUCUGACUUUCUGGCUGCGUCACAGCAGCCUUACGCACUGGUGCAUGUGACCGGCUUUCUCAAGAAUUGUCCCUCACCUCCCGGCUCCCCUACUGCUCUUAAUUUUGAUGGCUACACAACCAACCACCAAUCCUCAGCAAUUGUUGCCUCUCUAUUAGUGCAAUUGUCAUUUAUUUUAUUUGCAGAUGGGCUCUCUGUGAGUGAAAUGACUGGCUCGGGAACUAAUUGUCAGCCUGCAUUGCCAAACCAGCCAUCACAGCCAAUGUAUUUUGUAGCAUUGGCACGCCUUCAACUUACCAACUUACCUCAUGCAGGUGAUCUGAUGCCUAAUCGCUCCUAUGAAUUCACGACUCGCUUGAGUGGGGAGGGAAUUAUUAACUUUUGCGACCACAGAGUGCUAAAUGUCCUUCAAACUCACUCCCCCGCUUCUCAAACCAUUUCUCCUAAAGGUCUCCUUGGCGUGCCCUUUACCGAUCUCAUAGUUGGUGCUGAAGACCAAGCUGCAUUCUCUGAUCUCCUUUCCCAAGCUCUAGCAAUCAGGGCCAUGACGCCGUCUGUGCUUUGCCGCAUCGCCAUCCCUCCGCCCGUCUGCAGUAUUAACCGCAAGUCGAUAUUUUAUGUUUGUGCGCGCGGAUGUGAGUGUGACGGUUCUGCGCGUAUGCGGUUGCGAAAUUUAUUCUCUAUGUUUUGCACUGCAGCAUGGAAUUCGAAGGGUCAGCAGUACAGUAUUUCUCUCCGCCUACGUCUUCCACCUUCCUCGCCUCAUUCUUCCGCCGCGGUAACCAGUGAGACGGCCUUGCACGACCAAGUUGCAGUUCGGUGCACAAUCUACGCCUUCCUCAAUCCCUAUAGCAACGAGGUUGAGUACGUGGUGUGCACCGUGACUUCGAUGAAGUGUCUUCAGGAAGCCGCAGAAGCUUCCGAAGCUGACCACACCUUCUAUACGGCCUCCUAUCCCUCAACCAGUCGUCACCACCAACAGGGAGGUGAGGAUACAUCCUACUGGAAAUCCUCGCACGAGAGUUUUGCUCUUCAGCCUCAGCCGUGCUACGUCACUACUACAGCUUCCGCUCCAAAUUCGCAACAGCAGUAUGAUUUCGGUGCUGGACAUAACCACCAUGAGCAGAUGUCCCGACUCAAGUUCUCUGAGGCUGGCGAGGGUUAUCCAGAUAGAAUGGUGGUGCUUGUUGAGGUUCGUGGAUUUGUCAUUUCCUGUUUUUUAGACGAGGUCCUUUCUGUGGAUUCAUAUUCCCAGCAGCAGUCGGCACCACACCAUCCAUACCUUUCCGGAGGCACUCCAUACGUUCAACAUCCUACACAACUGCCCUUCACGACUGCAUCGGCUUACUCGACCACGCCAUCGCCGGAUGCCGCCGCUUGCGACGUUGUGACCACGGGCAGAACAUCUGCGAUCUCCUACCUCCCCCGACCCAGGGAACAAAGGGACAAUGAAAUGCAAAAGGAGUGGUAUUUAACAAGCGAUCCCCAGUCGUACACCUCCCAACAUCCAUAUGUACUAUCGUCCGACCAGUCUUCCUUCUUAGGCUACCUUCACCAAGCUCCCGCGGCCGCCACCGCCGCUUCCCCCCCUACGUACAACGUUUCAAGUGGUUUAUGA